AUGCUUAAUAACAGACCACAAGGGAAUUUUCCUAGCAAUACUGUGGUAAAUCCUAAAGAGAACUGUCAAGCAAUUUCGUUGAGGAAUGGUAAGAAAGUGGAGAAGCCCAGUGUACAAAAGUCAGUGGUUCAGAAUGAAGAGUUGGGUGAGAAAUCUAAUACAAAUGAGAAAAGGGUUACUGAAGACCACCAGAAGUUAUUCAAAAAGUUGCAUAUCAAUAUUCCUUUUGCUGAGGCAUUAGAGCAGAUGCCUAGCUAUGUGAAAUUUAUGAAAGAGAUUCUGUCCAAGAAAAGGAAGAUGGAAGAUUAUGAGACGGUGGUGCUCACUGAAGAGUGCAGUGCAAUAUUGCAGAGGAAGUUGCCCCAAAAGUUGAGAGAUCCAGGGAGCUUUACUAUACCGUGUACAAUCGGGAAGUUUGAGUGUAAGCAUGCUUUGUGUGAUUUGGGGGCGAGUAUAAAUCUGAUGCCUUUGUCUGUAUUCAGAAGACUUGGUUUGGGGAAGGCUAGUCCUACUACAAUCACAUUACAACUAGCAGAUCGUUCAGUUAAACAUCCCAGGGGAAUCAUAGAGGAUGUUCUUGUUAAAGUGGACAAAUUCAUUUUUCUAGCAGACUUCAUAGUAUUAGAUAUGGAAGAAGAUGAAAAUGUCCCAAUCAUUCUGGGAAGACCAUUUUUAGCUACUGGGCAGGCUCUAAUUGAUGUGCAGAAAGAUAAAGCGGUGGCAGAAAUUAACCUCACAGAGGAUUCACUUCAGGAUAGUUUGACAACUGAUGAUAUAGAUGCUGAGUUAGACAGUGAGGUCCAAGAGUGUGUACAGUGGAUGAAUUCUAAAGGGCCAAUUUAUAAUCGAAAAUAUGAAGAUUUGGGCCAAGGUCCUGAAAGACCAUUACCAUCAGUUCAGAAACUUCCAGAGUUGGAAUUGAAAUCAUUGCCAGCACAUCUUCGAUAUGCUUUUCUGGGUGAGAAGGAGACUUUACCAGUCAUUGUGUCUUCUUCUCUUUCUACUGAGGAGAUGGAAAAACUUUUAAGGGUUUUGAGAACCCAUAAGUUGGCAAUUGGAUGGAUGUUGGCAGAUAUUCAGGGAAUAAGUCCAUCCACAGUUAUGAACAAGAUCUUGAUGGAAGAUGAUAGUAAGCCCUCCAUUGAAGCACAACAUUGA